AAUAUGCGGUUCCCCAGCUCCCUGUCCGGACACGAAGGUAACCCUCAGUGAGAUGUGACACCAAAUAAUAGUUCUCGAACCAUAGAUGAUCCUUGACAGUUGCAGAACGAAUGUUAAACCGGAACACGCAAUGCUUGCAACGCAUCGAGGGAGCCAGCAGGUGGCGCCAGGAGACCGCGGGGCUGCUUGUUUUGCAGACGUGCCUGCACGUCCCAGCGUGCCCCGGAAGUCGGCGCGGAAGCAGAGCUGCGGGAUGGACAGAUUCCUGGUGAAGGGGGCUCAAAGGGGCCUUUUGGGAAAAGGGGAGGAGCAAGAGCAGACCGGAGAGGUGCCAGUCACGUUGGGAGAUGAGGAAAGCGCAAGGAAGAGGCCCAGGAGAGAGACCCUGGGCAGUGGAGUCCACGCGGAAGGCCCCAGCUGGCGGCACAUUCGCGCGGAAGGCCUGGACUGCAGCUACGCCGUCCUGUUUGGCAGAGCUGAGGCGGAUGAGAUUCUCAGAGAGCUGGAGAAAGAAGUGGAAUAUUUUACAGGUGCGCUGGCCAGGGUCCAGGUGUUCGGGAAGUGGCACGACGUGCCAAGGAAGCAGGCGACCUAUGGCGACACUGGGCUGACCUACACGUUUUCAGGCCUUACGCUGUCUCCCAAGCCGUGGAUCCCAGUUCUGGAGCGUGUCCGGGAUCGUGUCUCUGGGGUGACUGGACAGACUUUCAACUUCGUGCUUGUCAACAGGUACAAGGAUGGCUGUGACCACAUUGGGGAGCACCGAGAUGAUGAAAGGGAACUGGCCCCUGGAAGCCCCAUUGCCUCUGUCUCCUUUGGUGCCUGCAGAGACUUCAUCUUCCGGCACAAGGACUCUCGAGGGAAAAAGCCCUCCCGCAGGGUGGAGGUGGUCAGGCUGCAGCUGGCCCACGGAAGUUUACUCAUGAUGAACUACCCGACCAACACUCACUGGUAUCACAGUCUUCCCGUCCGAAAGAAGAUUCUGGCUCCACGGGUCAAUUUGACUUUUCGUAAAAUUCUGCCUACUAAGAAAUAAAAACGUUUUUAAUGGUUAGUA